UGGUAAAAAUCGUCAAUUUGUUCGAAAUGGUUAUAUAUGGGAUAGACAAGGUGAAUUAGAUAAAUUAACUAAUUUAGCACGUCCAUCACAAUUAAUUGAUCCAUCUUUAUCAUUAACUAGAAUGUUUUUCUAUGAUUUUAAUGGUGCCGGUGGUUAUGCACGUUUAAAAUCGAUUAAUAAUUUAGAUUUUUGUAAAGAUCAAUUCGAUUUUCAAUUAACACCAUUAAAAGAAUAUCAACGAUCUAAUAUGACAGUGAUGACAUUUAUAAAUUAUGAUAAAGAUUAUGGUAUAACAAUUGAAUUAAUUAAUGGUCGACCUGAAGCUAAUUAUUGGUCUGGUCGUGAAUUAUAUCGAUUAGAUGAUACUAAACAACAUGAUGAUAUGGAAAUAAUAAGACGACGUCGUUUUAAAACAUUCAAUUUUAAACCACGUUGGAGACGUCAAUCCACUAGUUCCAGUGGUAGUGGUUAUCAUGAUGAAGAUAAACGACGAUUAAAUUUAAAUAUUUUAGAUCCAUCUAUGCGUAUAUUACGAUUGGAUAGUUUUAUGACAACUGAUUGUAAUGAUGAUAUGAUAUUAUUUUUAGGUGGUAUACCACCUAGUCAUUAUGAAUUACGUAAACGAAUGCAAAAUCUCGGCUUUUCAUUAACUCCAUUCGCCGGUCGUAUUGGUUUUACAAAUGGUAAACUAAGUCAAUCUGGUGAAGUCUAUUUAGCUGAUUAUGCAAUUACUUCAGUAAAUCAAUUUGGUGAUACACAGUUUACUGAUUCUAGACAACUUGGUGAAAUUCGAGUUAUUGAAAAUACAAGUCCAAAUUAUCAAUAUUGUUUACAAUUAAAACCGCAUCAUUUAUAUAUGGCAUCAGAAUUAAAAGAACCACAACGAUAUUCACCAUUUGAACCAGGAAUCAGUAUGACAAUACGUUUUAAUCCAUUAAUUACACAAUCUGGUGAUAUGGAUUUAUUAAUUAUUCAACCUGGACAUGCAGAAUGGAUACGUAUAUUCCUUACAGAAGAUCAUCGUUUAGGUAUUGUUUUACCGGGUGUCAGUAAAACAUUAUACACUAGAACAUCUUUAACAUCACGUGCUAUGAAUGAUCCAUAUACAAAUUUAUUAAAUUUAGAAUUAACAGAAUAUUUAAAUUUAACAAAAGUUUUACCAGUUUGGAAUAAUUUAAAGAAACAAAUUUCAACGGUAACAUCAAAUACAAUAACAUCGUCGUCAUCGUCGUCGUCGUCGUCGUCGUCAUCCUCAUCAUCUUCGACGACACCAAUAAAUUUAGAAACAAUCAAGAAACAAUUUUUUGAUUCAAAACAAGCUGAAAUUGAAGUUGUUGUUACAUUAUAUUUUGGUAAAAUUGAUACAGAUCAAUUAACUGUAUUAUUUGAUCAACAUAUUGUACAAACAUGGACUAUACCAAAACAACCAGAUAAUAAAACUAUUCGACAAAUAUAUAUUGGACCACAAUUUAUGCCAGCUUAUCCUGUUACAAUACAAUAUUUAAUAAUUGGGAAACACCUAGUGGAUUUUGCAACUGAAUUAGUAAGUAAAGAUAAUUCAUACGGUAGUCAAGUUGGAAUAUGUGGUGGACAGUUAUAUCCACGAUUUACAGAACGUCGAGGUUUAGCUGGACUAUUGACAAGUAAAUUACAAGGACUUGAAUUAACAGCACCACCAAGUGGACGACAAUUAAUAUUUACACCAUUCAAUGAAUUAAUGUCUAAACAAAUUAUUCCAGGAGUAAGUUAUGAUGAACAAUUGGUUUUAGAAAAUAUACGUACUGGUGACGGAAAGAUUCGUAAAAAGAAUGAUUGUACUGAAAAUGCUGAAAAUACUGCAUGGUUUGAUCAAUAUCCAGAUUCAUAUUGGGAAAUUGGUAAUAUUGGUACAAUAAUUGAACAACAAAAUACACCAUUUGAAUUUACUAUUGGAUUUCGAGCACAAUUAGCUAAUACUGCUAUCAAUGGUGAACAUUUAACAUUAUCUAAUUUAGAUGAAAUUAAUGAAGAUGUAUAUAGUUUAUUAGUUACAUUUAAUUUUGGUCCAGAUGAUGGUAAUAUUUAUGUGAUAUUAUCAAAUAAUCAAAUAUUUAUAUAUGCUGAUAAAAAAAAUCUAUUAUGGUCUAGUCCAUUAAUUACAAUAACAGAUACAACAUGGCAUCGUUUACAAUUAAUAUUUCAUUCACCAAUUUCAAUCAAAGAACAAAAUGGUCCUGAUGUAGAACAUGGAUUACAAUUGUUAUUUGAUCAUCGUCAUUUUUGGCUUCCACCCAUUGAAAUAUAUAAUUUACCAUCGGUUGUAUAUAUUGGAGGAUUACCAAGGGUACUGAAUUUACAAUUACAAGCAAAUGGGCAACCUUCAAAUAUUUAUGGUUUAUUCGGAUGUGUUGAUGAAUUAACAAUGAAUAAUGUUGGUAUGUCUUUAAGAACUAGCAAUCGUCCAGUUUGUUAUGAUUGUUUCAGUUUAAAUCCAACAAUUGUUCAUAUUCCAGAAAAUAUUGAUGAAUAUUUAAAGUAUAGUUUAAUAAAAUUACAUAUACCAGAUAUGUUGACUCAACCAGGACAUGAUAAGUUAACAUUUGAUUUUAGUUUCUUUUAUGAUCGUAAUACUAUAAAACAAGCUAGUUUAUUCGUAUUAACAUUUGGUGGAACAAUUGAUUUACCAACUGAAGAAAUUCAUUUAUGGUUAUUCCUUUCAAAUAAUGAAGUUAAAAUGGGUUAUAUCACAGAAUCUAAUAAUGAAUUAGAAUUAAAUCAUGAAGUGAAUUUGGCUAAUAUUGGACAUAAUCAAAAUAUAUGGCAUUAUAUUAAAUUAGAUAUAAAUUUCAUUAAUCGUAAUUUAUUAUUUCAAUUAAAAUCUCAAACAUCUAUUAGUGAUACAUUAGCACCAUUUAUAAAAGCUAAUCGACUAAUAUCAAUACAUCUUGGACGUAAUACAAUUUUAACAUCUGAUAAAAUGAAACAAUCUGUUUAUAAUUAUCAUGGUGAAAUGUUCAAAGGUUGUAUACGUAGUCUUCAUUUAUCCACAUCAACAGAAAUACGUAAUUAUUAAUUUACCAGAAGAUUUACCUGGUUUCUUAUAUGGAUUAUGUCAUACCUCAUUAGUUUGGUAACAACAACAACAACAACAACAACACUGUUCAACACAAUUCAGUAAUAUUUGAUUAUGUAAUUUGGUUUUUCAUUUAAAUCAUUCGUUAUCUUAAUAUAUCCCUCUUUUAUUUUCCCAUGAUUUGAUCAAUGUUAC